ACGUCUGUCAGUUUAAUUUAAAGCUAGUGAAGCUCGACGAGGACAAUUUUGUCUGAUUUUGGAUUACGUCCUAUUUGAUCUUGAAAUAAAAAUGUUCAGAGAUCAAACAAGAUUACUUAAUAAUAUUUAAAAUUGCAAAUUCUUACAAAAAUCUAAGUGGAUUUCUUUAAAUCUUGACGAAAAAAAUAGCCUUUAGAUUCAUUAUAUCUUUAAAAUGUUAUCUAAACACCGCAUAGUUUUAACAAGACUGAAGAGCAAAAUCAUUAGUUGUUACAGGUAUUCCUCGUCCUCGACUGUCGCCUCGACAGAUGUAAUUUUUUCAAAUGGAAUAAAACUGAACUUAUCAACUGGUCGCUAUGCACGUUUCGCUGAUGGGUCGUGUGUUGCCACAAUUGGUGAAACUAGUGUACUAUCCACUGUUGUUUCCAAAGCCAAAGCAAGUGCUAACUCGUUUUUGCCCCUCGUUGUGGAUUACAGACAGAAAGCGGCAGCUGCAGGGCGUAUACCCACCAAUUUCAUGAGGAGAGAACUUGGUCCAACUGAAAGGGAAAUCCUCACAUCUCGUUUAAUAGAUCGUUCUCUAAGGCCACUUUUCCCUCAAAAUUACAACUAUGAUACACAGAUUGUUUGUAACAUGCUCGCGGUUGAUACAACAAACCCUCCCGAAACUAUCGCUAUCAAUGCUGCAAGUGCAGCUCUAGCUUUAUCUGAUGUGCCUUGGAAUGGACCUGUAGGUGCUGUAAGGUGCGUAGUCAAAACACUAUAUAUUAUAUAUGGUAAACCAACCUAGAUGUGGUAGUUUUAUAAAAGGAACUUAUUAUUUAGUAAGUCUUGUUUGCCUUACCUUAUAACAAUCUUCUAAUCUUUCUUGUUUUUCGUUAAAACUCUAUUCUACUUUGCUAUCAUAGUUUAGUUAAAAUAAAUCUAUAUAGAAACAACACAGUACUUGCAUACUUGCCAUUUACAAAUAUACACUUGGGCCUCUACAGUACAACUACAUGGGUGUACUACUAGUGGCCCAUAUAGUAAUGAAUGGAGCAUGAAAAUAGCCUUAAAAAUUAAAUUAAUAACUUACAAAAAAAAGCUUUGAAAUUAAUUUAUUUAUUAUAAUUAAUGAUUAAACGAACUUACCAAGUGAAGUUCUAUCAUAAUUAUACGAGGCGCCUCGUUCGAAGAGAUUAGUAUUUAUUUGAUUAGAUUAUAUUACUAGUAGUAGUAUCGCAUAUGUGUCACUACUCCGGCACUAUAGUUGAGAUUUCUUUGCAUUUGCUUUUUUUUAAUUUUUUUUUUAUUACGAGGGUAGUUCUCAUCUUCUUAGUCGAUACCGUUCCCUGCCAUCUUCAUUCGCUUUAUAGUGCCCGACUGCUCCGGUCGUAUUCCCAAUAACGUGUAUAACAGAUCGUUAAAAUGCCGAAACGUACGAAAGUUAGAACAUGUGAAGAAGAGUUAAAACAUCCUCAAAAGAAAAUGCGUAAAUUAGAACAAAAAAUAUUCGAUAAGGAAAGUUCAGUUAGUGACUUGUGCCCGAAUUUAUUGGUACGGAAUGCGAUCAGAAAAGUCAUUGGGGCUUAUUCAACGCAUUCAGUAAAUCAGUUAGCGUUCAAUCCAUUGGGGAUCUACCUAACUUUGACAAGAUAACUAUCGUUAUCUAAAAGUGCUAUUGUACAUAUCGUACCUAUCAGACUAUAACGUAUUUACGUUAAAACAAAAAGUAUGCACCUGAACUGCCGUUGGGGUUGAUUCGUCGCAUACUUUUAUGGAUGACUAUGAUAAUAUGAAUGAAAAUCCCAAACGAUUUUCUUAUCUUUCUGCCACCCCACCUAUGGUGCCGAGUGAUUGGUUAUUAGAACAACCUCAUUAUGACGAUGAUCCACAAUCCAUGAUUGGUAUCAGUGACAUUCAAAACUUAUACUAUACACUGAGGAUGACUGUGUCGACGCGACGACCGUUAAUUUAAUUAAUUUAUGUAUUAUAAUCACGGUAAUUACAAGAUCAAUAAAAUUAAAUUAUUACAAUAAAUUAUUUACAUUUUAAAGGCCAAUUACGACUAUCCAGCAUAUUACAAAUAACUCUUUUUAACAUUGCCUAAUCACUACUUUUUUGUUUGUUUUUUAAAAUAACAUUUUGUAAUAAAAUACAAUAUGUCAUAAGGGGCCAUCCAUAAAUUACGUCACACAUUAGGAAGGGGGGAGGGGGGGGGGGGGUCGACGAACUGUGACAUUAGAACAAUAUUUAGUAGAAUUUGUAUAGACAAACAUGUGACACAAGGGGGAGGGAGUUUAAAAAUCAUGAAUUUUGAUGGCCCCUAAUAUGCAUAAUAAAUAACAUAUAAAAUAAAUCAAUACAGAUAGGGAUAUGGAUACGUAUGUUAUACAGUUUUAUACACAAAUACAUAAUAUGAUCUUCACCAUACUAAUCAUCAACAGGCUAGUCGAAUAUAUUCUUUAAUUUUAUAAAUCAAUAGUAGUUAUAAAGAAAAAAUAUUUUGUAUAUCUUUCUAAUUGACCCUUGUUAUUUGCUAUAUUGGUGUACAGUAAGAUUUAAACAAUGGUGAUUCUUCAUAUGCACAGAGCAGAAAUUUAUAGUGAGUCUUGUUUCAAUAAUUAUAAAGUGUAAAAUGCAAAGCUUUAAGUGUCCCUCUCACAUGCACACACUUAGCGUCAGGUAUGUGGAUAUUGUUGGAUCGUACAAUGGCGUGAUACUUGAAUAAUUCUGAUUGACCGACAUUUGCCGCGCUUCGAAAUUUAGCCUUUAGUACAUGUACAUCAAUCCGCCACAUCAGUUGUAUCUUAUUGUAUCCGUUUUUAAAUUUAUGAAAAUGUUUGCCUUUGCUGUCGUUUCUAAUUACCUUACGCUGGUAGAGCUUUAUUGACUAUGUCAUGAAACGUUAUUGUCAUAUUGAUUCUGUAUUGUGUGAAAUUCCAUGAUACAAAUUAUUAGU